AUGGCGCGCGUCUCGCUCGCUCGACUCGUGCUACUGCUGCUGCUGCUGCUUACUACGGCGUCAUGCACUGCAUCAACUGCAGCAUCUGCAGCUCCUCUUCCUCCUCUCCGUCGACGGUUUGCUGUCACGAGACACAAACAAGAGCCGGACGACGCCAAUGACUUGGAGAAGCGCGAGGUGGAGAACUGCGUGCCGUACGACAUCCGCUCGUUCCUUGUCGGUGCGCGCGCGGUCGUCGAGUGGUCGACGCGACGCACGUACAUCCGCAAGGUCAGGCUGCAGAAGAAGCACGACACCAGUCCGAUGCUGGCGAAUCCGUGGCGCUCGUGUCACGAUGUCGCUGCUGACGUUGAAGUGCGGUACCGCCGAUUGGGCGACAACGAGACGAUGUUUGAUGCAGGAGAUACACGCGAUCCGUUUGUGAAGAAGAAGGCCGUGACGUACACUACCGACGCAGACACGUUUACAACGCAUACAGCGUUUUUUGACGUUCAAGGGACAGGGCAGCCAACGCCAGCGUACGAGUUCGUUGUUGGCUCUAUGUUUCACGGCUGGUCGGCAGUGCAUCGACUGGGUGCGAACGUUCUGUUUCGAGGUGACGACGCCGAACGGUGUCGACCAAAGCACGUGCACACGGCAUACGGUCUGCAACCAGGCAGCUUUGCUGUGCAGUGGAUGACAAAGGACUUUUGUGGGGAUGGAAAUGAGUCCUUGCAGUUGGUCGAAGGGUACCUCAGUCAUAUUGAAGUCGAAGGGCCGAGUGCUACUCCUGUUGCAGCUUGGGCCAACACGACGCUGUUUGAAGAUAAUGGCAAGAAGCAGUCGAAGCGUUGGCUUCACGUCGUGAGGCUGGAUGGGUUGAAGCCAGACACUCGGUACACCUACGUCGUGGGCAAUGCAUACUACAAGUCGUGGUCGAUUCCGUAUGCCACUAAGACCGCACCGGCUCCGUUGCUCCCAGGAGAGAAGCCCAAACCCGCACGAUUCUUGGUAACAGGAGAUAUUGGCUACGAAAACGCGGCCACGUUACCGAUGAUGCAGUCUGAGGUGGCGGAAGGAGUUGUGGAUGGCGUGGUCUCUGUUGGAGAUUACGCGUAUGACUUGAACAUGAUGAACGGUCACGUUGGAGAUAUCUUCAUGCAGGAGAUCGAGCCGAUCGCUGCAAGUGUACCCUUUAUGGUAUGUCCUGGAAACCACGAGACCCACAAUACGUUUAGCCACUACUCGCAGCGCUUCCGGCUCAUGCCAAGCAACGAGAACGAAGGUGUGCAGACUGUACAUACUGGCGGGCGCUCGAAAGACGCAGACAAUACGGAAGUGCCGAACAACUGGUUCUAUUCAUUUGAUGCUGGACUGGUGCACUUCACAGUUAUAUCGACGGAGAUAUACUUUACGAAGACUUUGGACGUGGACGGAGACGUGAUCUCGCGGCAAGAAGCGUGGCUCGAGCACGACCUUGCAAAGGCUAAUGCGAACCGAGCGCAAACUCCCUGGAUUGUCGUUAUCGGGCACCGACCCAUGUACUGCACGUCUGACUACACCAACUGCGGUGAUAAGGCUGCACUGUUGCGCAAUCGACUUGAGGGCAAGUUUUACGUGCACGGCGUGGAUCUGUAUAUCUGUGGCCACCAGCACAACUACGAGCGCGCGUUCGAUGUGUACAAGUCCCAAACGUGGAAACGCACUCGGAACAUGCGUGCCACGACGCAUAUCCUGACGGGUGCAUCGGGUCAGUACUUGACGUCAAUCAUGCGCAAGUCCUUCGAAAGACCCGCUGAGGUCUGGGACGCCUUCCGCAACUCCAUCUUUGGUUAUUCACGCAUGGACGUCAUGAAUGCCACGCAUUUGCACUGGCAGCAAGUAGAAGCGGACCCGGAGAAUCCAGCAGCUCGUGGGCUCUACGGCCAGGUCGUAGACGACGUGUGGCUUGUACAGGAACAUCAUGGCGGGUUUGCAUCCAUGGGAAGAGCAAAGUCCAGUUUGCGUUCGGAUGUGCAGCAAUAUGUACGUCGAGAUAGUUAG